ACUGCCCCGAUAAGAAGCAGGCAGGGCGGCGUCUCCUCUUCCCUCCCUCCCGGCCUUCUCUGCGGACCCCCCCCGUACGCCCCCCUCCCUGAAAGAGAUGGCGGGGGUCGUGCGCCACGGGAGCCAGGUGUCGUAUAUUGGCCAGGACUGCCGAGAGAUCCCAGAAUUCCUAGGAAGAAACUACGGACAUGUUGCAAAGAGGCUGGAUCUCAGCUUCAACUUGUUAAGGUCACUGGAAGGACUGGAGAUGUUUGGCGGCUUGGAGGAGCUGAUCUUGGACAACAAUCUGCUGGGGAAUGACCUCCGGUUGCCCAGGUUACCGGGCCUCCAUACCCUGAUGCUCAACAAGAAUCAAAUUACCGAAUUGGAAAGCCUGCUGGGUCACUUGGUGGAAGUAACGCCCUCCUUGGAGUACCUCAGUUUGUUGGGCAAUUCGGCAUGCCCCAACGAGCUGGUCUGCAAAGACAAGGAUGAGGGGGACUACCAAAGAUACAGGUAUUUUGUUUUGAACAAACUGAGCAACUUGAAGUUUCUGGAUUCACGGAAAGUCAGCCAAAACGAGCGCGAAGAAGCCGUCCUGAGAGGUGCUUUCAUGAAAGUGGUGAAGCCGCCGGAUCCUAAGCCCUCAAGUGAUGGUGCUUCGAUUUCUCCUGAAAGGCACUACACACCACUUCCAGCUGGAUCAAGGGAUCUUACCAACCACAGAGGUGUUCUAGGGAAAUGUCGCUACGUCUACUAUGGGAAGCACUCCGAGGGCAACCGGUUCAUCCGCGAUGACCAGCUCUGAAGCAUUCAGCGGGCAUGCGGAACCAGCCGCACGCCAGACGCAAAAGCACAAAUUGUAUCCGCUUCCUCUCUCUCUCUCUCUCUCUCUCUUUUUUUUUCUCUCUCUGUGUGUUUAAAAAAAAGCCACGUGUAAACCAAAGUCCUCCAAUACCUUCUGCUGACUUUGCCAGACCUGUCAAAAUCAUCCUUCUGCUUCAGUCUGAGGAGUCGCACAGAGAUUGACAUGAUUGCCUCUGAGCAGGUCCCGUCCACCAGCGUGACAGACAGCUGCGGCGAAGCAUCCGGCCUGACAGGAGGAACACCAUGAUGGAUUGCCGGGCCCUGUUGCCGCUCGGAGGAGAGCAGAGGUCACACCUGGGGCCUCACUGAGCAUGCUCAGCUGCUUUUAACACACACACACACCCUUUAUCUGCAGCUUGCCUGUUGAGUGAGAAAGCUCCGUGUUUAUAGAAAGAAUUGGCUGCAGCGUCGAGAUUCUUCUGAAAAACCCACUGUCUUAUCCAAUAGCGUUUUCCUCAGGAAUUAGGUGGACACCAGAAGCACCACACAGUGGCUUUAAGGUCCCUUUUUUUGAGGGGGAAGGGAGGACAGAACAAAUAAACAUCACAAGCAUUAUUUGAAUGCUGGAGAGGGAAAACAAUUACUUGAUAAACCUUGGGAAUGUUUAUAGUUAUUCCUGCCUUUAUUGGUUGGGGGUAUUUUUUUCUUUUUUGCUGUUGUUAAAUAUUAGGUUUAGAAACAAAAAGGCAGGGAUAUGGGAAGAAUGGAAGGGCUGUAAAAAUAACAGGGUUCAUUCUGGGAACGGGGAAGAGAUUUGACGAAUCCUUAGUAAUGUACACCGGUUACAGCAUCCUGAAGCAGUAUUGACAGCCUUGCGAGUAUUAAUAAAGCGUCGGUACCUGUGCAGGUGAAGCAGCUGCCGCCUCCUGUCCCUUU